UGAUUGGCCUGUGGUCGGGCCCGCCCCUUGAAGGACGACGGCGCGCGGUGUAUUCAAACCCGGAGACAGCUUGACAGCUUAACAGCUACUUGCCCGCGCGCUCGCUAACCCACCUGGACCAACCGUCUCACCUCAGCGCGUUCCCGAGAUCAUCGCCCCCCCCCACCCCCCCGGCAACUCUUCAGCCCCGUCCUCACGGUGACCCAUCAUGGCGGCUGGCCUCCGUGUCCUUUUCCUUCUCGUUCUCUUCUUUGCCCUCGCCGCUACCGGCUGCUCGGAAGCUUUCGGCUGGUUCCUCCGUAGGGAAGCGGCUGGGAGUCCCACUCCUUCUCCCUCUGCCGCCGGCGACCCGCAGCCCCUCUUCGAGAUGACCGCGGUCGACGCGAAGUUUGUGUCCGAAGGCCGGCAACUGGAUCUGAGCCUGCUGGACAGCUGUCAUCACCAGGUAAUAGCUCAGUUAACAACCUCCUGCAGUGAUCUCUCAGAAGAGGAGCUCGCCAAACUUGGGGUGUCCUUAUUCAACUGUCAAGCGGCUGCUGAACAUCGGCUAACUUACCCAUGCACUGCAGAUAUGACGUUGGCUGAAUGUACAGAGGCUAUGGACCCGGACACGUGGAAUGCAUACCAUAUAGUUAGUAAUCGGGCACGCUCUGUGUGCUAUGCCACACGACAGCAGGAUUUCAAAAAGAGGACUGAGAUGACAGUGAACUCACUAGUGGCUUCAGCUUCCAGUCAGUUAGAAGCCAUGAAAAUGCUAAAGGAUGGACAAAAGGAACUACGAGAGCUGACUGCCUCGUCACUUGAAAAAGUCGUUAAGAGUCAGAAUGAGUUGCUGGAGCAGCAGGAGCAGCUUCAAGGUGGUCAGCAAGAGCUGGAGACUUCAAUCAAUGGAAACCUGGAGAAGCUGACUAAGGAAAAAGAACUUAUUGCUAGUGGACACCAGCAAGUUGCCAAGUUGAUUGAAGGCAUUACAUUAACAAUGGAAAACGUCACUAAACAAUUGGCUCAUCAGGAUUCAGAGCUACAAGAAGGUCAUCGAGCAAUUCUAACUGACUUGCUGGAGGUCCGGGCACGUGCUCAUCAGGUCUACACCAAACUGGAUUCGAACCUGGCUUUAUUUUCUGCUCACCAAUCCCAAACUGCCAUUUAUUAUGAUCAGUUAAUGGAGAAGCUACAGAAGAUGAACCAGACUGUGGGCAUGGUGAUGUACAUGAUUGACCACCUUGAGCUAGGAGUAAGCCAAAGGUUAAACAGCAUCCAGCACUUCCUGAGCUGGACAGGAAACAACCUCCAUGUGAUCUACACCUGCACCGUACAUGUCAGUUAUUUUCUGGUCGCCGCUCUCAUCAUGACAUUCUUGCAAACGCCAAGUUUCUCUCGAGCAGUGUUGUUAAUUCUGGUGGUGUUGAAUGCUCUCUCCAAGUUCAACCAUUGUGUGUCCAUGGACUUCAAGUGUCUCAGUCUCUUCCUGUCUAUGACGGUGAUUGACGUCAACUUCCUGCGGAAGGUGCUGCCCCCAACAACAGAGCCUGGUUUUUACGAUUACCUGCGGGACAUCGACACUUCAGCAGUUACACUGCGGGCUGUACCUGAGGGAUCAGUUGUCUUUCCAAAGGUAACGGAGUGGGUCUGGGUGUGGAGGGACGAGUGUGACCUCGUGGCCACCAAUGCAGCCAGGUUCAGGCUGGCUGCUGGACCAGGGAAGCGGCUGCUGGAGUUCGGCUUGAGGAGAGCACAGGGCCCGGAUGGAGGCCUCUCAGCCUCAAGAUACUCCUACAUUGGAGGGUUUGACGGCACUAGUAAUGUCAUCGCUGGGAAACUGUAUGGCAUUCCACUGUUUGGAUCCAUGGCGCAUUCUUACAUCGCUUCUUUCACUUCAAUGUCAGAAGUCAAGGUUCAGCAGACUUUGAAACCUGCAACUGAGGGAGAGCCGGAGGUGAAUUUUGUCUCUCUGUGCGAGAAGUGGCUCUUUCAGGUCUGCCACCUUCUCCAAAUGCCUCAGAAUCGAACCAAUUCCUCUGAGUUUGCAGCCUUCAUCUCCUAUGCCAUGACUUACCCGGGACACUUCAUCGCCCUGGUCGACUCGUACAGUGUAAUGAGGUAGAGAGUGGAGUUGGUCAUUUUUCUUGUGAGAUAUCCACUUGACACAGUCUGUUACAAUGGUGGCCAGACAGCAGAUCAUCUCAAACAGUAACCGCGGGGUUGGGGGGUUGGUGACUGGCCAGCUCAUCAACUAGAGCUUGGGGAGCUCCU